AACCUGCCGCCGCUAGCUGCUGAUGUUUACUUUAAAUACAGCCGUCAUUUUUUAUCAAGGACACUGUAAUCGGUAGCAAAAUGAAAUAACUAACUCGUAUAACCAAAGACCGUUUUCUUAUUAGUUUUGUGCACAUAGCACAUUCCGCACACUGGUGCUACGAACGACGAUUAUUGCCUGGUGUUUAGCCGUGGCAUUUGCAUCUUUUUUAACAACUGGGAUUGCAGCCUGGCCUCCUGCCCGUGCUGCGAAAUACAUUUUCCACCAUUGUCCUUUACUUGAAAUCAUGUUUAUUUCACAACGAUGGAUGUGAGGGGGACCCUGUAAACUAAAUGACUGUCAGAAAUAUCGCCUCCAUUUGUAAUAUGGGCACCAAUGCCUCUGCCCUGGAAAAAGACAUUGGUCCAGAGCAGUUUCCCAUCAAUGAACACUACUUUGGAUUAGUCAAUUUUGGGAACACGUGUUACUGCAACUCUGUGCUGCAGGCGCUGUACUUCUGCCGUCCGUUCCGGGAGAAUGUGCUGGCGUACAAGGCGCAGGCCAAGAAGCGGGAGAACCUGCUGACGUGCCUGGCUGACCUCUUCCACAGCAUCGCCACGCAGAAGAAGAAGGUGGGCGUCAUCCCGCCCAAGAAGUUCAUCUCCAGGCUGAGGAAGGAGAACGACCUGUUUGACAACUAUAUGCAGCAGGAUGCACACGAGUUCCUGAACUACCUGCUGAACACGGUGGCGGACAUCUUGCAGGAGGAGAAGAAGCAGGAGAAGCAAAAUGGCCGCCUGAAGAACAAUGGAACGCCGGCCAACGCACCCUCGGACAACGCGCCCAGCAACGACCACGAGCACAAGGUGGCCGAGGCCACCUGGGUGCACGACAUCUUCCAAGGCACACUCACCAACGAGACGCGCUGCCUCAACUGCGAAACGGUCAGCAGUAAGGAUGAGGACUUCCUAGACCUGUCUGUGGACGUGGAGCAGAACACUUCAAUAACGCACUGUCUCAGGGACUUCAGUAAUACAGAGACCCUCUGCAGUGAAUAUAAAUACUACUGUGAAACAUGCUGCAGCAAACAGGAGGCCCAGAAAAGGAUGCGUGUUAAGAAGCUGCCCAUGAUCCUGGCGCUCCACCUGAAGCGCUUCAAGUACAUGGAGCAGCUGCACCGCUACACCAAGCUGUCGUACCGCGUGGUCUUCCCCCUGGAGCUGCGCCUCUUCAACACCUCCGCAGACGCCGUCAACCUCGACCGCAUGUACGACCUGGUGGCCGUGGUGGUGCACUGCGGCAGUGGGCCGAACAGAGGACACUACAUCACCAUAGUGAAGAGUCAUGGCUUCUGGCUACUGUUUGAUGACGACAUAGUGGAGAAAAUAGAUGCACAGGCUAUCGAGGAGUUCUACGGCCUGACCUCCGACAUUUCAAAGAAUUCCGAGUCGGGAUAUAUUCUCUUUUAUCAGUCGCGGGAAUAGCAACGACGACAAAGUGGAAGAGGAAGAAAAUAAAGCAAGAUGACGAAGAACAGAUGAAGAGAGAGACAUAGAACAAGGGAACACAAAGGAAGAGAGGAGAAAGGAACAACAAAUGUUGACUUGGAUAUUGACCACAAACCCCUUAUCCCUGAACGCCCCUUUUCCCAACUCCCUUUCCUUUCCUGUCCUUUCUCCUCCUCCCUUUCUUUCUCCUUCUAUUCCUCCUCUCCUCUCUUCUCCUCAGUGCCUCUGUCCCAAAACUGUGUGCCAGUUCCCCAGUCACUUCCUCCCUCUACAUCUGCCAACACUACACUUCCCACAAUUCCUGUUGUCUCCAUCUUUCCCUCAUUUCAAAUGAUGGGAGUUGUUUUUUUGUGCUUUAUAUAUUUCCCCUUUCUGUUGUUUUCUUUUUUCUUCCACUUCUUCUUUUAUUAUUCCAUAAAUCACCUGCAUUUAAGUGGCACUUUAGAACAAAAAAGAUGUGUGGGCGGAAAGGUUAAGACGUAAUGUUUCAAACUGCAAUGAACAACAACGACAACAAGCGAGACUCCUGCUGAUCCACUCGUCAUGAAUCACACUAUAUACGUUAGUCUGCCACUCCACUCCACUCCACUGUUCUCAACUCCACUGCUCCCUGUUGCCCCUACAUCUCUGCAUCACCGCCACCGGGGGAGGACUCGAACACUUCCUGUUACCCCCCUCACCCCCCACAGGAGUGACAACUUGAGACCGAUUCAAGUUUCUGUACUUGCGUACCAUACGUGCA